AUGGCAAUUUAUGUUAGUAGAGAAUUAAAAUUGGAUAAGGACCGAGUGCCAGUAGUGAGUGUUAUUGAUAAACACACGGUGACAAUAACGAAUAUAAAAGUGAGUGUAUCAGGUGCAGGAGACAGCCGCGAGCGCGUCCGCCGCUACUACGCGGAUUACACAUUUGAUGGCGCGUGCGCACCCGCACACCCAGCUUAUGCAUCGCAAGAAGUGAUAUUUGAUACACUGGGCCGUGAGGUAUUGUCAACAAUUUCUAAAGGCCAAUCAGCAUGCGUUCUUACGUAUGGCCAAAGUGCAACUGGGAAGACACAUACUAUGAUGGGGUCGGUGGGACAAUUGGGGUUGAUACCACGAAUUUGCAAGGCUUUGGCUGAUGAACAACUCUUCGAUACCUUUAUAGUUGUACGACUUCAGCCGCACGUGAGUGUUGAUAGCCAAGUUGCGCUACACGUCGCUGUAAUUCAGUCACACGUUUCACAUUCACUGAAACACCUGUUAAAAACAUGCAGCUUUCUAGAGAUAUACAAUGAGCGAGUUCACGACCUCCUAGCUGGAGAGCCGAAUUUGCCUCUCAACUCUCUUCCACGUAGAAAAGGCAAUGCGAGGAAAGACCUUCGCGUCAGGGAACAUCCAACGAAGGGAACUUAUGUUCAAAAUCUUCGCCGUGUAACUGUGAACGACGUAGAGUCGCUUCUAGCCAUAGUACACGAAGGUACACGAAAGCGUCGCACAGCUGCCACUAAACGCAACAGUGCUUCUUCAAGAUCCCACGCCUUGCUUGAAUUGAAAACUUCCCGCGCCACACUGCAUCUUGCUGAUCUUGCCGGCAGUGAAAAAGCUGGUUGGGAAGGUGCGGGCGGCCGACAAAAGGAGGGCGCUAAUAUUAACAAGUCAUUAGUAGCGCUGAGCAAUGUCAUCUCUGCUUUAGUUAGUGGUGAGUCAGGACGCCGAAGAUUUGUGCCAUACCGAGAUUCAGCGCUCACAUGGCUUUUAAAAGACUGCUUUACAGGUGGCGGCAGUACAUUUAUCGUUGCAACUGUGUCACCCAGUGUAGCGUGUUACGGAGAAUCAGCGUCGACCCUUCGCUGGGCGUCCCGAGCGCGCCGGUUACCAGAUACUAGAACCAAUACUUCUAACACAAAUACAAAAGCCACGUUACAGACUCAAUUUGAUGCUAUAUUAGCCGAAUUGGGUAGACAUUAUAUACAAUAUAAGCCAGAAACUGGAGAGCUCCUGUAUGAUGAUAAACAUUGGACAUUGGAAAUAAAUAAAAUACAAGGUAACAUUUUGAAUAAAAAAAUCAAGAUAGGUAAUAUAAUGAAUUUGCGGUAUCCAAAAAAUGAGGCCGAUAACUCAGGAUCAACCCCAUCAUUAAUAGCCAGCGGUAGCUUAGAUGUAAUAAAUAAUAUGGAUAAAAACGGUAAAAUUACUAAUGAAAUAAACAAGGAAAUAGAUAAGUUGUUUGGUCCAGCCUUAGAAAGAACUAAAAGUGGAACUGAUAUAGAAGUUAUUGCACCUUUAAGAGAUAAGAAACGGCAUUUUAGGUCACAAGAAAUACUAUCUAGUGAUUUUUCAGAACGAAAUCUUGAUCAUCGUUUUUCAGACGUCGGUAUCAAUGAAGGAAAAGUUGAAGAUUGCAUAAAUAAAACAAAGACAUCACAAGUGACAGCUUUGCAUAAUAACCAAAGAGCAGAAAUUAUAGCUUCAGUUACAGAGAGACUUUAUUCUAAACUUAAAAAAAAUGAAAAUGCUUCAAAAGUUGAAUCUAUGAGUGAUAAAAAACUACCGAGUGAAUUAAAAAUUAUGCAACCACUGAAAGAACUUAAAAUUUGUUCAAACGCACGCCAACGACUUAUGGAAUUAAGUAAAAAAGCUUUGAAAAACAAAAGAAGAAUGGGUAUUCCUGCGCACACGCAAACAAGAAAAACGGUUAUACGAGUAAAAGACCAAGCUAUUGAAAUACAAACGGAUCUUCAACCAUAUAUAAUACAACAAAAGUACCCAUAUAAAUUUCAACAAGAUGUAAGUACGGAAACUACAUCAAUGACACCACGUGUAAAAGAAAUAGCGGUUGGAUCAAAAUAUAGUAGUUUAUCAUUUGCUGAUAAAUUUACUUUAACGGAAUCUAAAAAAGUUUCUUAUACAAAUACCUCAACAAUUACUGAUACUGUUUCUAUGAGGAGUUUUAGUACACAAACACCAAAAAUCCAGCCACCACCGAGAAGAAAAAAGAGGUUAUCUGCUUACUCAAAAUAUAUUAAAAAGGUAGAACGUAGUAAAUCGAGCACAGAUGAAAGCAAUGAAAAUAGCAUAUCACCAAUAAUUAACAUUAAUAUAUCCCCAAUGUACGCAGUUAAUUCUGAUUCUAACAGUUCAGACGAAGUUGUCGCCUGGCCAGAUGAAGACAAGCAUAGUGCUGCCACAACUCCUGAUCUUCUAACAAAUCAUAGUAACAUGUCAAAAAAAUCAAUUGAAAAUGAGGAAAAUUGCAAUGAUCUUAAUUUGAAUAUCGAGUAUUUAGAUAAAAAAUCACACUCAGUGGAUAAUUUAGAUGAAUUUUCUGAUGUUGACUUACCUAUGCCUCGUGUAACCGUCGACAGUGCAAGAAAAAUUGGUCGUAAAGACUACGAGGAUUUAAUAUUCGGUCGAAAUGAACAUUUGUACCCAUAUAAUCUGAAAUUAUCGCCUUUUAAAGAAAGAGAUGAAACAAAGCGGGUGAUACGUUUUAAAGAUAAGGAUACAAAGUGCGAUGAAUUUAUUCCUAAAAAGCCAACAAAGUACAUUAAAGAUAAAACUGUACAAUAUAAUAUACGUAGCGAUGAUUUAGAAUCGUCCGAUUCCAACACUGAAUCCGAUUUUAUUUGGGCGAAAAAUCCCGCGCAAUGUGACGGCUGUUGUCAAAAAAGAAUACAAGACACAGGCUCUGAAUGUGAAGUAGACUUUUCUAUGUCUACAGAAGGUUUUCGCCUAAAAAGUAAACAAUCUCCGAAUCUUCGUCCCUAUAGUGAAGAAACGUGUUACAAUAAAACAAAUAAAUCAAAUCAAAAAACAGAAAAUAUAUAUGAUUUUGAUAGUAUAGAAAAGAAUAUUAAAAGCGCAUGCAACAGUUUAGAGGCUUCUGUAAACCAGUAUGAUAGUUACUUGAGAAAACCAAGAAAUUCUAAGUCAGAUACACGAACUCCCACUGAAUAUUUGCAUCAUUUGAUUAAUUUACGACGAGAGGCUGUUAAAUUGGAAUAUCCAGAAUACUUG